AUGUCCGACGAGGAGCUCCAGAACAAGUUCGUUCUCCAGACCGCGGGUUUCGACGCUCGCUUCCCGUACACCAACCAGACUCGUCGCUGCUUCCAGAACUACACGGACUACUUCCGUUGCAUCGCGGCCAAGGGUGAGGACUUCGCACCCUGCAACCAGUUCAAGCGCGUCUACCACUCCAUCUGCCCCAACGAAUGGAUCUCCAAGUGGGAUGAGCAGAGGGAGAACGGCACUUUCCCGGCAUCUCUGGAGCCCUGA